AUGGCCGACACACUCGACUACGGCGAUCCCAAUGCUGACAGUCGAGACGACUACGACUCGAGGAUGGAAGAGGACAUCGAUCAACCUAGGGGCUCGUCCUCUACGACGAGGGGCAUGCAUCGCCCAACGUCGCCGCACAUGUAUCGCUUCCCUGACAACAUGGCAGUAGCAGCUGAUGCCAACCGCGGACCCACUUCUCUCCCCACACCUCCUGGUGACGACUCAUUCACCGAUCCCACUCCUCCUUCGGUCCCCUCGCCCAUCGGACGAGGAAAGGAUGUCCGCCUCAAGGCGCUCCACCUCACGGGCAAGCCCAUUGCCGCCCUGUCUACCUCUCGUCUCUUUAGCUACGUCAGUCACUGGGGAGCUAAGCCCCUCGGUAUCGAAUGGAUCAACGACGAGGCAGUCAAUGUAGUCUUUGCAGAUGAGGCUUCUGCUCGCAUCGCCCUCGAGUACCUCUGCCCGGCACUUCCUACUCGAGCUGCUCCUAUCGCUCCCCUCCCCACCAUCCAAGACAUUGGUGACGCGGCUAAAGCCAACGAGAUUGAGGCAGACUGGCCCGACUCGCUUCUCGAAGGCUGUCUCAUUCCACGUCGCGCACACCGAUUCCCACAGCAGCUCUACACUGGCUUAGAGCGUGACGGGCUCGACCAAGCAGCCGCUGCUGCCAAAGAAGCUUCAGCCGCCUCUGUCCCCACACACUACGACGAUGAUGUCCCCGCCAUCUAUCGCGAGCUGGAAGAAGAAGACAAGAGGCGCGCUGAUUCUGCCCUUUCGUCCGACCCAAAUAUCAAGAAUGUCCAGCGCCUUCUCGGCACCCUCUGGAUUCGGUAUGCUAUUGAGAGCGCAGAUGUCAAGGACAAGAAGGCCAGACAGCAGAGCACUUGGUACAAGGAGCACGGUCGUGACGCCGGCAAGGACGUCGUAGCGAAGCCUCUCGAUGUCGGUGCAAAGAGUGAGAAGCGUGAGCUCCUGAGCGGUUCCUCCGAGCCCCGCGCCUUUGGUCAAGUCGAACCCAGUCUGGACGAGUACGCCAGCCCAGAGUCGCCAGGACGACGUCGCCCUUCGUACCCUCUCCCGCCUCAUCUCCUCCUGGGCCAGACGUCACCGAAGAUCAACCGCCAUCAGUUGCAGGCCCAGACGUUCCCCAUCGGCGAGGAGGGCCAGUCACGCGACCUCUUCCCGCAGCACCGCACCGACCCGUACGUCGACGCAGACCCCGACCUCAUGCGCCUGGGUGAACGACGUUCCGCCUCCCCCGUCCGCGUCCGAUCCGGUGGCAAUCAAGGCUACCUGCCUGCACUCGACAAUGACGACCGCUACAGCCCUAGCAGCAGCCGUCGCGCAUCCGGUCGCAGGGACUAUCGUCGCGAGCCAACACCCUCUCGUGAGGACCUCGAUGCAGAGAUGGAUGCCUAUGCCCGUACGCGCGACUCCACUCCCGAUGACCGCGAGACUCCCCCGCCAGCGCCUCAACCGCCCGCACAGUAUCAUUUUGCUCAACAUCGGUGGGCCAAAGAACACGCAGGGGGAUACCAUUCAUCCUCUGGAUCGUCGUCGAGUGGAAGGAGCGGAAGCGGUAGUGGAUACACGACGCACGGCAGUGGUGGCACGGUGAGGGUCAAGGGGCGCGGUAGGCGCAAGGCACCCGGUAGCUCGGGAUUGAGCGGAUGGGACGACGAGGAUGGAGGGCAGGACGAAUACGGGCGUGAGCGGGGAUAUAGGGGCAGUAGCGGUAGCAACGGUAAACGUAGCCGCAAGAAUGGCAGCGGCGGAGGGAUGUACGCUGAUCGAGAGUACGAGACAGAAGCUUCCGGGUCGCUGGCUAGCAGGCUGGGCGAGUCAAAGGGAGAGAAGAGGCUUCAAGAUCGACUGGGUGCCGAGCACAGCAGCUCACCCUCACUUGCAGACAGGCUCGGCAGCGGUGGCAGUGGAGGGAUGAGCGGGUGGGAUUGA